AAAAAACAGAAAAACAGAAAGAAAGAGGAAAAAAGAAAAGAAAAAAAAGAAGCAGAAACGAGGGAAUGAUGCGCUGGAGAGAGAUUCACAUUUCACAGAGGAAGCUUUUUCUAGAGCUGAAAACGUGAAAUCGUGAACAAGAAGACAGAUAGACAGAUAGAUAGAUAGAGAGAAACACAUAGAUAGAUACAGAGAGGAGAGAGAGAAGAAACCUUGGAUCCAAAAAGGCUCUCUUCUUUUCUCUCUCUCACCUCCUCUCUCUCUCUCUAUCUCUAUCUGAAUAAACAAUUCCUUUGUUUGCUUUCAAUGUCUUUUUCUUUUUUCUUUCUCUCCAGUCUCCAAUGAAACCUUCUAAACCCUCAUAGUUAGAGAGAGAGAGAGAGAAAAGAGACACACUUUCACCUUCUCUCUCUAGAAAAUUUCCAUCUCCAGGCGAUGGGAGCUCGCUGCUCCAAAUUUGGUCUCUGCUGGUGGCCCUCCAAUCUCAAAUCCAACAUCCCUCAUUCUUCCGACCUCGAGCACGAGAGUGAGCAGGUCUCAUCGCCUAGUUUCAGAGAAUACAGAUUGGAUCAGCUUAGGUCUGCGACCUCAGGAUUCUCGGCGGACAAUAUUGUGUCGGAACACGGCGAGAAAGCUCCUAAUAUUGUGUACAAAGGAAGGCUCGAAGAUGGCACUUGGAUCGCUGUUAAGCGGUUCAAUAAGUCCGCCUGGCCCGAUUCUCGCCAAUUCCUGGAUGAAGCGAGAUCGGUGGGGGAGCUGAGGAGUGAGCGGUUGGCGAAUUUGAUCGGUUGUUGUUGCGAAGGGAAUGAGAGAUUGCUUGUUGCCGAGUUCAUGCCUCACGAAACUCUCUCAAAGCAUCUUUUCCAUUGGGAGACCAAUCACAUGAAAUGGGCAAUGAGGUUACGAGUGGCUUUCUACUUAUCACAAGCACUGGAUUUCUGCAGCAGUAAAGGCCGGGCACUGUAUCAUGACCUCAAUGCUUAUAGAAUUUUGUUCGAUCAGGAUGGUAAUCCCAGGCUCUCAUGCUUUGGUCUAAUGAAGAAUAGCAGAGACGGCAAGAGCUAUAGCACAAACUUGGCUUUCACUCCUCCAGAAUACUUGAGGACAGGUAAAGUGACGUCAGAGAGUGUAGUGUACAGUUUUGGCACCCUGUUGCUUGAUCUUCUCAGUGGAAAACAUAUUCCACCAAGCCAUGCACUUGACCUGAUACGUGGCAAGAAUUUCCUGAUGCUGAUGGACUCUUGUUUGGAGGGUCAUUUCUCUAAUGAUGAUGGAACCGAAUUGGUGCGGCUAGCUUCACGUUGUUUACAGUAUGAACCUCGUGAGAGGCCAAAUGCUAAGUCUCUUGUGAUUGCCCUUGCUUCUCUUCAGAAAGAAACUGAGGUACCGUCCCAUGUUUUGAUGGAUAUUCCUCAUGAAAGUGCAUCCACUACACCAACAUCAGUAUUAACGCCUCUAGGUGAAGCAUGCUCAAGAGUGGAUCUAACAGCCAUACAUGAAAUAUUGGAGAAUGCUGGAUACAAGGAUGAUGAGGGAGUUGCAAAUGAGCUUUCUUUCCAAAUGUGGGCGGGUCAAAUACAGGAAACCUUUAAUUCCAAGAAACGUGGGGAUUCUGCUUUCCGAGCUAAAGACUUCACUACUGCCAUUGAAUCUUACACACAAUUCAUUGAUGGGGGAACAAUGGUAUCACCAACAGUGUUUGCAAGACGCUGCUUAUGUUAUUUGAUGAACAAUAUGACACAAGAAGCUCUUGGAGAUGCGAUGCAAGCCCAGGUAAUAUCUCCCGAUUGGCCAACUGCAUUCUAUCUUCAAGCUGCUGCUCUCUUUAAUCUGGGGAUGGACAACGAUGCACGGGAAACACUCAAAGACGGCGCAUUAUUGGACGCCAAAAGGAACAGAAAUUGAAUGUGUAUAGGGGCUUUUUUUUCCUUUUUUUUUUUCUUUUUUUUUUUUUCGCUUAAGGAAUACUCCUUGUAUCUAUCACUUUCCUUUUUCUCUUUGCCAUUUUGAGUGACGGCAGCACCAGAGGAUUCAUUGUAGCAUCCAUAUAUUAUUGGUGGUCUGAAGGAUUUCAUUUGUGUUCCCAAAUUUGAGAUUGUGAGGAGAAAGUUUUCUUGGUUUAUUCAUUGUGCUAAGUUUGCAUGGCAAUUAUAGGAAUGGCAAUUAUGUUUGGUA